CAGUCUAUCUCCCGACACGCUCACCCACUCGCCGGUAAGGUAACCAAACCGGGGCUGGUGUACAUCGUGGUAGGCGGAUUCGUCGUUUUGUUCUCCAUGAUAUCUCUGCUGGUCAAAGAGAGGCUCUACAUCAACGAAGUUGUCCUCGGUACUUCGUUUGGUAUCCUCAUGGGCCCGCAUUGUGCCGGGAUCUUCGACCCAAGGGACUGGGGCGAGAUCACUAGCAGUGUCACGCUCGAAUUCAUGCGCAUCGUACUUGCUACCGGUCUCUUCGCCAUUGGCGUCGAGCUACCUCGCAAUUACAUGUGGAAGCACGCCAAGGGACUCUUGGUCAUGGUCGUUCCAACUAUGGCAAUCGGCUGGGUCAUUGUAGCAGCCAUAUUGCACGGCCUGUUCCCUCGCCUAGAUUACGUCUCCAGCCUUGCAAUCGCGGCUUGCUUGACGCCGACUGACCCCAUCAUAUCCGCUGCCAUAGUCGGCGGGAAGUUCGCCGUGAAGCACGUUCCGCUCAACUUGCGGCAGAUAAUCGCUGCCGAGUCUGCAGCAAAUGAUGGGCUUGCGUACCCUUUCUUGACCAUCGGGAUCUACUUGACUCUUGAGUCUUCAAAGGGUAUCGCCUUCGAGAAAUGGUUCAUCAUCGGAUGGCUUUACCAAGUUUUCAUGGGUGUCGCUAUCGGUGCCAUAAUAGGUCGAGGGUUCGCCUACGUCAUGAAGAUCUCGCGCGCCAAUGGGUUCAUUGACCGAGAGUCUUAUGUCGCACAAUUUUUGGCCUUGUCCUUCCUCACUAUCGGUGUAACAAGCGUUGUUGGCAGCGAUGACUUACUUGCCGCAUUCGCCGCCGGUUCUGCGCUCUCAUGGGACGGCGACUUCAACACCAUGGUUGAAGGGGAGGUCUUCGCCUCUGUCAUCGACCUUGUCUUGAACUGCGCCUGCUUCAUCUACAUCGGCGCCUGGCUACCUUUCAACUCUUACAACUCCCCUGAGCUGGGCAUCGAGCCUUGGCGUCUUGUCCUUCUUUUCCUCGCCAUCCUCGCCCUCCGGCGUAUCCCCUCCAUGAUGGUCCUAUUCAAGGCGGUGCCGGAAAUCCGAACCUGGCGGGAGGCCCUUUUCUGCGGUCACUUCGGUCCCAUGGGCGUCGGCGCCAUAUACGUUCAGCAGUUUGCCCUAGAGAAGUUGGGUGGUGAACCGGAAGGGACCCCUGAGACUCAAGCGGACUUCCUUGCCGCGAGCAUCCAGCCAAUUGUGUCGUUCGUCGUGCUAGGCUCUAUCAUCAUGGUCUCUCCAUCCCCUUCUUCUCCUUCAGCAGGAACCUGUCCCGUUCAUUGACGAUCACGCGUUCCCAGACGGACCAGUCUCAACGGGCCACUCGCACCCCUGACUGGCUUCUGGGCGCGCGACGCUUGAACGCGAC